AUGAAUUUUCAAUUUUUGGCUAUUUUUUCGGUUAGGCUCGCUACAAAGGAGGAAGUUUUAGACAGAACACAAGAAUCCGGCGAUGUCAAUGUGGUUUGGGUUUUUACUUACAACUCGAAUAGGGAAUUUUCUGUUUUCGAAUUUAUUCUAAUCAAUUUUUUGUUUUUGUUAUCAAUUUUUGUUACGUUUAUUGGAGUUUUUUGUAUCGGCAAAUCAAACAUUCCACACAGAAAUGCUCGCUGGAUUAUAAUUUCUGGCAUGUUAUUAUGGCUUGAGCUAGUUGUCAGUCGGUCUUUUGUGUUUAUUUUUCAGUGGUCCUCAGACGGCUUGCAGUCGAGGUCAGGAUUAUUGUUUUGGGCCGCCCUUCUCAGAUAUCAUUAUAUGUUUUUUGGUGUUCACACAUUGCUUUGUAUUACAGCGGAGCGGGCAAUGGCUACGAUUUUGCUAAAAGACUACGAGACCCGACCUCGAGUAUGGAUCGCGGCGAUUCUCAUUGGAGCGAACUUUCUUAUCUCGUUGACCUACGCAUUUUUAGCGGUUUUUCAGCAAAUUUUGAUGAAAUCCAUAUUUAUCGUGUGUCUCGCCGUGGCUGUUGUAUCCAUAAUUUUACUGGAAAUUAUUUAUUUUCUGAAUCGAAAGCGUCUCGAUUCUCUGAUAAGACAUGAUAAUACAAUGGUCCUUUAUACGCUGAGCAUCAAGUAUCAGUUACAGGAAAAUGUGCGCAGUUGUCGGUUAAUGCGCCCUGCGGUAGUUGUCGUCGGCGCUUUUAUAAUAAUGCUGAUUUUGGCAGAAUGUCUACCAAUUAUUCUAGAUUUUUCGGAUGAGGUGCAAAUGUGGUGCAAUUUGAUAUUUGACACGACCGUCCACACUGAUCCUCUCGUGGUUGUGCCUACGGUGGUCGCGUUGAUGGAAUCAUUUCGGAAAGUUUUUCUAUCUUACUACCGUACCCUGCAGCACAAAAUCCGCCCGAAUACGGUAGCCGUAAUCCGGAGAAAAUCGAUUUUCCCAUUUACAAAACCAAAGGAAACCGAAGGGGAUAUCUAUUUUGAAAUGUUCAAUAAAAGUGUUAGUCCCAAUAGUUUGGCGGUUAAGAAAUAA